AUGGAGGAUUGGGAAAGAGAUUGGGAUCCCAGAGACGAGAGUGAAGGGGGUGAUGAGGAUGAAGAGGCUGAGCUAGUAGGAGGAGAUGGCGGUCUUGUUGAUGAUGAGGUAGAUAUGGAAGACGAGGUGGUAGCAGAGAGAAUAGUUCAAUAUAGCAUUGAUAUGUCGAGGUUGCCCAGGAAGGAUGAGAAGGCAAGUCAGCCCCCAAAUGGCUCUGUCUUGAUACAUCCAGGGUUCUUUAAGUGUGGGUUCAGGUUGCCCCUCCACCCGUAUGUCCAUAAAUUCCUUAGAACCUUAGGGUUGGCUCCCAUGCAAAUCAACCCGAAUGUCUAUAUAGCCUGGUUGAGCAUGUAUGUGGUAUGGAAGCAACUAGGGCUUGGUGAGCCUUCCUUUGCUCAGUUUGUAAACCAAUAUUGUCUGAAGAAGCAUCCAGGUAGCACAAGGUGGCGGUAUGUCUGUGCUUUCAUUAAUAUAGGAGGUGCCUUGAUAACAAAUAACCCUUCAAAGAAAGCUUGGAAAAACAAGUAUUUCUUUGCCUUAGGGAAUUGGGAGUUUAGAAAGGGUGAUGUGGGCUCUGGUGCUCGAGUUCAGACUUGCUUCCGUCGAGCAGGUGGGUACUUGCAUGUCAUGUAG